AUGAAGCACGCUUUCGUUUUGAUUUCAAUAGUUUGCGGUACUUUGGCAUACCCUGCUUUGGAGCAGCCGUCUAAUGUUCAAUAUCCUGUUACACAGGAAGCUCAACAGAAACCAAUCGUCACUGCUCAUCAUGGAUUCAUGCUCGCUGCUCAACCACUUCCAACAGUUCAACAGUCAACUAUUCAACAGCCAGCACAUAAUUUUAAUCAUGAACAAUCUAGCUUUUCCCCGUUGAGCGCUGUCAGUCCCAACGACGAAGAAUAUCUGUUUUUAGCGAAAAGUUUGGAAAACGGCGCUACACCGCACAAAAAUCACAUUGGCCUGGGUACGUACGCUCAGGCAUUGGAUAGCGUGAAACUUCCACCGUGCUCUUCUGAUGGUCGUUCUGUGACAAUUGAUCACUUGAGAAUUUCUCCAGAUUCUCUUGUACAAAUCGCAAGGCUUGCACAAGCUUUUGGAACAAACCCAGAUUGGAGGAAAUUGCGUGUCGACGAUAUGAAAAGAGCUCUGACCACUCCUACCCAUCAAUUUGCCGCAAGGUCAAUUGGAUUGUAA